CAACAGGCACAACUGCUGCAAACCCAGCUGAGUCCACAACUACUACAUCUACCACUACUGCAACAGAACCCACAAUGACAACUGCAGAUACCACUUCACCUGAACCUUCUACCACAACAACUGCCAGAACCACAACUGAGUCUACAUCCUCAGCAGUCACCAAUACUGCCACAGAACCCAUCACCACAACCACCAACACCCCAACUGAGUCUACAGCUACAGCAGUGACCACUGCUGCCACCACCUCAGAAGAGUCUACAAGCACAACCAGCACAACUUCCACAACCUCUGCUUAUUCUACAACAAUAGCCACCACUAAUGCAACAGAACCCACAACCACAUCUGCAGCUACCACUUCACCUGAACUGACUACUGCAACAACUGCCAGCACUUCAACUGGGUCUGUGACCACAACAGCCACCACUCCUGCAAUAGAACCCACAACCACAUCUGCAGAUAGCACCUCACCUGAAACAACUACCACAACAACUACCAGCACCUCAUCUGAGUCAACAACCACAACAGCCACGAUUACUGCAACAGAACCCACAACUGCAACUGCAACUACCACUUUACCUGAGACAACUAUCACAAAUACUGCCAGCACCUCAGCUGAGUCUACAAGAGCAGCCACCACAACUGCCACCAUUACAGCUACCACUACUGCAACAGAAUCCACAACUGCAAUUGCAGCUACCAUUUCACCUGAACCAACUGCUACAACUGCUGGCACCUCAUCUGAGUUUACAACCACAACAGCUACCACUACUGCAACAAAACCCACAACAACAACUGGAGCUACCACUACACCUGAAUCAACUACCACAACUGUCACCAACUCAACUGAAUCUUUAAGCACAAAUGUAGCCACCACUUCACCUGAACCAGCUACCACAAUUGCCAGCACCCCAAUUGCCACUGUUGCCACCAUGUCAGCUGAAUCUAUAAGCACAACAGCCACAACAACUGCCACAACUGCUGCUGUGUAUAUAACCACUACAGUCAUGACUACUGCAACAGAAACCACAACUGCAGCUACAGCUUCACUUGAACCAAAUACCACAACAACUGCCAGCACCACUGCUGAGUCUGCAACCACAAUAGGCACCACUAUUGCAACAAAACCUACAACUGCAACUGAAGCUACCACUUCACCUGAGUUAACUACUACAGCUAGCAGCAUUUCCACAGCAUCUACAACCACAGUAGCAGCCACCACCCUACCUGAACUGAGUACCACAACUAUCAGCACCUCAGCUGGGUCUAGAACCACAACAGCCACCACUACUGCAACAGAACCCACAACCAUAUCUGCAGAUACCACCUCACUUGAAACAUAUACCACAACUGUCAGCACCUCAGCUUACUCCUCAACCACAACAGCCACCAGUAUUGCAACAGAACCCACAAUGACAACUCCAGAUCCCACUUCACCUGAACCUUCUACCACAACUGCCAGCACCACAGCUGAGUCUACAUCCUCAGCAGUCACCAGUAUUGCAACAGAACCCAUCACCACAAGCACCAACACCCCAACUGAGUCUACAACUAUAGCAGUGACCACUGCUGCCACCACCUCAGAUGAGUCUACAAGCACAACAGCCUCCACUACUGCAACAGAACUCACAACAACUAGCAACACCCCAGCUGAGUCUACAACCAUAGCAGUGACCACUGCUGCCACCACCUCAGAUGAGUCUACAGGACAACCAGCACAACUGCCACAACCUCUGAUGAAUCUACAACCACAACAGCCACCACUAUCGCAACAGAAUCCACAACCACUAGCACCUCUGCUGAGUCUGCAACCACCACAGCCACCACUACUGCAACAGAACCCACAACCACAACUGCAGCUACCACUUCACCUGAGCCUUCUACCACAACAACUGCCAGCAUGACAGCUGAGUCUACAACUACAACAGACACUACUACUGCCAACACCUCAGCUGACUCUACAACCACAACAGACACUACUACUGCAACAGAACCCACCACUACAACUACCAACAUUCCAACUGAGUC